GCCAGACUCUGAUGGCUUUUUUCUCCUUCCCCUGUUGUGCCUUCCCUAGACUCAGCCCUUUCCCAGAAGGAGGAGGACAGAAUGACCAAGUUCAAGGAGGCCGUGACCUUCAAGGACGUGGCUGUGGUCUUCACGGAGGAGGAGCUGGGACUGCUGGACUCCGCCCAGAGGCAGCUGUACCGAGACGUGAUGCUGGAGAACUUCAGGAACCUGCUCUCUGUGGGGCAUCAGUCCUUCACACCAGAUGUAAUACCCCAGUUAGAGAGAGAAGAAAAGCUUUGGAUGAUAAAGACGGCAAGCCAGAGCUGGAGCUCCCCAGGACACAAGAAUCUAAAUGACCUGGAGAUGCUUCAUGAAGUUGGAUUAAGGUACCUGCCACAUGAAGAGCUUUUCCACUCACAAAUCUGGCAACAGGUUACAAAGGAGUUAACCAGAUGUCAACACUCCAUGGUAAAUAUUCAAGGAACUGGCUCUCAUGUGGAAAAACAAGGUGAUGCACUCUGUAAAUGUGAGGAAUUUGGUAAAGGCUUUAAUCAGAGUUCACAUCUUCAAGUUCACCACAGAGCCCAAACUGGAGAAAAACCCUACAAACGAGAGGAGUGUGGGAAAGAUUUCAUUCGGGGCUCUCAUCUUCAAAUUAACCAGAAGGCCCGUGCAGGAGAGAAGCCCUAUAAAUGUGAAAAAUGUGAAAACACCUUCCGUCGGUUUUCAAGUCUUCAAGCCCAUCAGAGAGUCCACAGUAGAGAGAAAGCAGACAAAUAUGAUACAUCAUGUAAGGGUUUCAGUCAGAAGUCGUAUCUUUGUCAUCAUCAGAGAGGUCCCACUGGAGAGAAUCCACACAAAUUUGAGGAGUGUGGGAGGAGCGUCAGGAAAAGCUCUCAUUGUCAAGCUUCUCUGAUAGUCCAAACAUUAGAGAAACCCUAUAAUUGUGAGGAGUGUGGGCUGGGCUUCAGUCAGAGCUCUUAUCUUCGAGUCCAUCAGAGAAUCCACAUGAGAAAGAAACCUUAUCAAUGUGAAGAGUGUGGGAAGGGCUUCAGUUGGCGUUCACGACUUCAGGCUCAUCAGCGAAUCCACACUGGAGAGAAACCAUACAAAUGCGAUGCAUGUGGCAAGGGCUUUAGUUAUAGCUCACAUCUUAACAUUCAUUGUAGAAUCCACACGGGAGAGAAACCUUAUAAAUGUGAGGAGUGUGGGAAAGGCUUCAGCGUGGGUUCACACCUUCAAGCCCAUCAGAUAAGCCACACCGGAGAGAAACCAUACAAAUGUGAGGAGUGUGGGAAGGGCUUCUGUCGGGCCUCAAAUCUUCUGGACCAUCAGAGAGGCCAUACUGGUGAGAAACCAUAUCAAUGUGAUGCAUGUGGGAAGGGCUUCAGUCGUAGCUCAGAUUUUAACAUUCAUUUUAGAGUCCAUACUGGAGAGAAACCCUAUAAAUGUGAGGAGUGUGGGAAGGGCUUCAGUCAGGCGUCAAAUCUUCUGGCCCAUCAAAGAGGCCACACUGGAGAGAAACCAUAUAAAUGCAGUACAUGUGGGAAGGGCUUCAGUCGGAGUUCAGAUCUUAACGUUCAUUGUAGAAUCCACACAGGAGAGAAACCCUAUAAAUGUGAGAAGUGUGGGAAGGCCUUCAGUCAGUUUUCAAGUCUUCAAGUGCAUCAAAGGGUCCAUACUGGAGAGAAACCAUAUCAGUGUGCAGAGUGUGGGAAGGGCUUCAGUGUGGGUUCACAGCUUCAAGCCCAUCAGAGGUGCCAUACUGGAGAGAAGCCAUACCAAUGUGAGGAAUGUGGAAAGGGCUUCUGUCGGGCCUCAAAUUUUCUGGCUCAUCGUGGAGUCCACACGGGAGAGAAACCAUACCGAUGUGAUGUGUGUGGUAAGCGCUUCAGACAGAGAUCAUACCUUCAAGCCCACCAGAGGGUCCACACUGGAGAGAAACCAUAUAAAUGUGAAGAAUGUGGUAAAGUCUUCAGUUGGAGCUCAUACCUUCAAGCCCAUCAGAGAGUCCACACUGGAGAAAAACCAUACAAAUGUGAGGAGUGUGGGAAGGGCUUCAGUUGGAGCUCGAGUCUUAUAAUUCAUCAGAGAGUCCAUGUUGAUGAUGAGGGUGAUAAGGACUUUCCCUCAUCAGAGAAUUCAUACAGGAAAGAAGCCCUAUAAAAUUAUAUGUUUUCAUACCUCAAUGGGUGCUGAAAUAGUCCUGUCAUGGAAGACAAAGCAUUUAUUUCAUAAGAGUCAGCCAGAGCUUGACAUGUUACAGUGGCUGGGUGACCACACAGCAGAGAAGCCUCGUGAGAAUGGGGACAUAAGGACCUGAUUCAGAACCUUGACAUUGAGCAGAUAUUACACAGAAGAGAGGCUUAGGAAGGAUGAGUCUGAUUUGGAGUUAACCAACAGUACUAAGAUGGAAAUGCCAAAAUUGAUUCCACUAGCAUAUACACUCCAAGAGGAUAGGGACUUUCUUGACUGUCAAAUCUACUCUGCCUUUUCAGUGCCUAACACAGUGUAGGUCUUUAGUGAUCGUUAAAUGAGUAAAAGGGCCACCAGUCACAGUUGAAAUUUUUUUUCAGUUC